AGAGGGGGCUUCCGAGGCGGCUUUGGCAGUGGAGGUCGUGGUCGUGGCCGGGGCCGCGGCAGAGGUCGUGGGCGAGGUCGUGGGGCCCGAGGCAAAGCUGAGGACAAAGAAUGGAUGCCAGUCACCAAACUCGGUCGACUUGUGAAAGACAUGAAAAUCAAAUCCCUGGAAGAGAUUUACCUUUUCUCCCUUCCAAUCAAGGAGUCUGAGAUCAUUGACUUCUUCCUGGGUUCCUCUCUGAAGGACGAGGUUCUGAAAAUCAUGCCAGUGCAGAAGCAGACCCGAGCGGGUCAGCGCACGCGAUUCAAGGCCUUCGUUGCCAUUGGAGAUUACAACGGACAUGUCGGUCUCGGGGUGAAGUGUUCGAAAGAGGUGGCCACUGCCAUCCGAGGGGCCAUUAUCCUGGCAAAGCUCUCCAUUGUCCCUGUCAGGCGAGGCUACUGGGGGAACAAGAUCGGCAAGCCCCAUACUGUGCCCUGCAAGGUGACUGGCCGCUGCGGGUCUGUCCUGGUUCGCCUCAUUCCUGCGCCGCGCGGCACGGGCAUCGUGUCUGCCCCGGUUCCCAAGAAGCUCCUGAUGAUGGCUGGGAUUGAUGACUGCUACACUUCAGCAAGGGGCUGCACGGCUACCCUGGGCAACUUUGCAAAGGCUACCUUUGAUGCCAUCUCCAAGACCUAUAGUUACCUGACCCCUGACCUCUGGAAAGAAACAGUCUUCACCAAAUCUCCUUAUCAGGAGUUUACAGAUCAUCUGGCAAAGACCCACACUGCCAGAGUCUCUGUGCAGAGGACCCAGGCAGCUGCAGUGGCAGCUACAUGA